AUGGCACAAAGCGAUGAAAGCCCUCCCAAGAUACUGAUAGAAAGGAUACGCAUCAACAGCACACUACUUACAGUUGUCCUCGCCAUUAUUUCCGUAGUAACCACGGCAGGAAACCUCCUAGUAAUCUGGACUUUCUAUAGGAAUCCGCGCUGGGAACAACGGACCGUUUCCAAAUUGCUUGUAGUGAACCUCGCUGUGGCAGAUUUGAUGGUUGGCCUCUUGGGUGAACCACUUUUGAUAAUCAGUCAUUUAGUGCUGAAAAACAGUCAUAAUGAGUUAGCGAAUAAUUUUACGACCGCAGCUGGAGUGGUGCUCAUCUUAACGAUGGCCGCUUCAAGUUGUACAAUUUACAACCUUACAUUAGAGAGGUACCUUUCUUUGGAGAUGCCUCCGUGGCGAGAGAAGCUGUUUACUGGUUUGCCUGGGAAGCUCAGCAUUUGUUGUAUUUGGAGUUUUGCAUUACUUAUGGCCUUUCUUCCAACUCUUAUUGGAAAAGUGGAUAUGAUUAAACUGUUUCAUUCCGGCUUUUUUGUCUUUGUUGCAAUUGUUGUAAUCGGUUUGUACAUGCGCAUGUUCAUAAUCAUCCGAAAAUUCAACAAGACGCCUCUCACACAAAGAAUUAAUCAGCCACUUGUUCAACCUGGGCAUGCGUAUACUGCAGCGAAAAGACGAGAGCAUUCAUAUGUCAAAGACAUGUUUCUCUUUGUUGGAGUAUACUUAGUGUGUUACCUUCCUUUUUGCAUCGCUAGUUUUAAUAGUUAUUCUUCUAUAUCAAUAGUAGCAGAAAAAACUGGUUUGAUCUUACUUGCGUUCUUGAACUCCGCUCUCAAUCCAGUUCUCUACACAUUUACAAUGCCACGUCACCGACGCAAAGUAAAGAAGAUUCUUGAUGGUUUAAUUAGAGCGCUCCGUUUGUCUUUUUGUAGGUAGAAAAGUGAGCUUUAUGGAGCUUAACCCAACGGCAUGAUAGCCGGCUCUUGUUCAAAUAGGCUAUCUAUUGAUGAAAAUAUGCUUUUAAACAACUGUUUUUGCUAUUAACCAAUUACGUUGGUCUAGUCUACAAACAACUGAAAAUAAUAGUUGACAUUCACCGCUAAAGUCUUUUAAUCAAGAUGACGAUUUUUUGAGUCAGUUUUCAUCUCUCACACGAAAGCCUAUUUUUUGCCCUUAAAAGUACACCGUUAUGAUGUUCUACUAUUUUAAUAGCCCUGAAUGAAAACUUGAUUAAAUUAAACAUAGUUGCCUUUUGAUAUAUAUCUAACAGUUGAUAGCCUCAACAUUUUGCCAUAUCUACUGAAUAAGCUUUUGAAGAAAUCAAACAAAGUUUAAUGCUACUCUGGCUUAAAGAUUUAAUGAAUGUAACCAAGAAGUUACAGUUCAUAGACCCAACGUUUUAACACUCUUGUCUGGUACUUUCAUAAGGGGUGAUCUAAUCGCUGCAACAAGAGGCCCAUUUUUAGAACAUUCUGUCAAACGAGGUUGAGCAGGUCACUAGUUGAAACAAUUUUAAUGCAAUUAUGAAUCAAAUAGGAUUUAUCAUAAGAAAUUUUAUUGUAAAGUUGUUACUAAAAUAGGCAA